AUGAACAUCAAAGACAUCAUCUCAACCACCAUCCCCAAUAGCCAUGCAAACACCAAGAUGAGAGUCCCGCCAGAAUCAUACAGACUCUACAAGACGCUCUACGCUUUCGCUAUCAACCGGCUAUUUGAGACCUGGCCCGGCAAAAUUUCCAUGAUGUGGCUGUUAUUCUCUUCGGGGUAUGGCUGCAUGUGGGUGCUUCACAGGAUGGGGGAGAAGGAGGAAAUGAAAGAAUUGGAGACAUUGAGGCAGGUGGAGGAGAUUGAGAGGAUGUUGGAGAAGGCGGGGAGAUUGAGGGCUGCAGCAGCCAAUUAUAGGAAGGGGUUCGAGGAGACGGAGAAGGACGAAAAGAAGUUGAGUGAGAGAGUGCGAGAGCUGGAGCGUUCGAGAGAGACUGAAAAGGAGACGAGGAAAGGGGGAGGCUGGUUCUCAUGA